AUGAGUGGUUUUUAUGAUGUUGAGCUUAAAGUACGACACUAUGAGCUUGAUCAGUAUAGCGUAGUUAACAAUGCUGUCUAUGCAAAUUAUUGCCAGCACGCUCUUAAGGAACUUUUUGAAAGGGUUGGCCUAAAUCCCGACGCAGUUGCCCAAACCGGUGAAGCAUUUGCGUUGUCAACAUCGUCUAUGAAAUUCAUUGCACCUCUAAAGAGUGGAGACGAUUUUGUCAUAAAGGUCAGGAUGACUAAUUCCUCAGCCACUCGCCUCUACUUUGAGCACUUCAUUUUCAAGCUGCCGAAUCUGGAGCCAAUCUUGGAAGCAACAGCCACAGUAGUGUGGCUUGAUCAGGACUAUCACCCUGUCCGUAUUCCAUCGGAGGUGAUAUCUAAAUUUGUCCAGUUUCGUCGCCGUUAGGAGGCUAACGAUGUCU